AUGUCAGCCCCGGGACCAGAGGUCCCCGCACUCCACGGAUGCAACCAAGGCCCCAGAGUAUCCGCCUCCCAGGAGCUCCUGGGGGUCAACCCAGCAGUCUUGAGGGACCGUCUCCCACCCCUGGGUGCUCUCCUGACAAAGCUCACCUCUUUCCUGCUCCUGGGAGCCCAGGAUCAAAUAAAGAAACUGGCCCACAAGGAGUGCCUCGUGGACCGGAACCCCGAGUGCUAUCAGAGAGAUGUUUCUAAAGCACAGACCUGGCUGCACCCUCUGUGUCGAGUUCUCCAAAGCCCCCCGCCUGUGCCCACAGACUCCUGCUCUGCGAUGCUGAGACUCGGAAAGGCGAAGACCCAGGGCUCAGGUCUGGCAGGUGAGAAGACCCCAUCGGCCCCAGCCUGCGUUUCCCUGAAAGCCGAGUAUCACGUGCACACACGGCAGUUUAUCUGGGAAGAAGGUCCAGGGCGCAAGGGUGAGCAGAGGAGGGAAAGUCAACACAAGGACGUGUUACCAGACUGGCCACCAAGGCGACUGCCUGGAAAGAGAUCCUGCCGGGCUGGAGAUCCCCCGAGGGCCUCUGAGAACCGUUGGCCCGAGAGGCGGGGCAUUCCCCCCGCGCCCCAGCCCGUCACACUGGCCUUUAUUUCCAGGGGGCCUGUGAGAGCCGGGAGCACCCCUGCUGGGAUGGGACCCAUGCAAGCAUCCUUAGUGACCGAGUGUGGACGCAGCCUCUCAACGGCCCCGCAGCGCGGGGACAUCAAGAGCGGAGGGCUCACCCCAGUAGACAGGACCACCUUGCAGCUGAUGGCCGUGAAGCAGCAGUCCCCAAACUUGAACUGA